AUGGAAAAGUUUGAUGAGCUAAAUGGUUUAUAUGGCACUCACCUUACGUUGCUCCAAAAGGAUAGAGAUCUUACUUCUGAUCGUGCUCAAAGAUUAUUCGAGCGACUCCAAGGARAGUUCUUGAACUUAACUUUCCAGAAARAAGCUCUGCAAUCAGCUUGCAACGAGUUAUAUGAACAAAAAGAURAACUUCUGAAAGCUAAAGCUUCAUUACUUUCCCAACUUGAUGAGGAACGCUGCUCUGCAAGGCAGGCAAUUGAAAAGCUGGAGUCUGAAGCAAAAUGUCUAGUCUCUAAAAAUGCUGAGACAGAAGCAGUGAUCUCAAAGCUGAGAGAGGAAAUAGAAGCUUUGUUGGAAAAUCUGAGGGCCUCAGAGAAUAGAACGCAAGAAUUUUCGUUGAAGCUUUCAUCAUUAGAGAUGGAAAGCAAAGAGAACUAUGAGAAGCUGGAGGCUGAUGCACAGAAAAAGGCUGAAGAAAUGGAGACUUURCAGCUAGAAAACGAGGGCAAUCAGCUGCGUGUCGAUUCAUUGUCGACAGAGGUGAACCAGCUCCAAAGCGUUAUUGAAGAAAAAGAGCUUCUUAUCCAACAAUGCAAGGAAAAUGAGAAGAAGUUGGACCAGCAAACCACAGAGGACAAGGAGCUACUGGCAGCUGCUGAAACCAAGCUUGUUGAGGCGAAGAAGCAAUAUGAUCUGAUGCUGGAGAGUAAACAGUUGGAAUUAUCAAGGCAUUUGAAGGAAUUAUCUCAGAGAAAUGACCAGGCAAUUAAUGAAAUCCGGAGGAAAUAUGAUGAGGAGAAGCAAGAAAAUAUCAAUGCUGAAAAGGAAAAGGUUGAGAGGGUUAUCAAAGACUUAUCUACAAAAUAUGAUAAAGAACUUUCAGACAGUAAAGCCGAAUCAAAGCAGCAAUUGCUGACCAUUCAGGAGGAUCAUGCUUCUCUGUUUAUCACUGAGCAGAUACUCACUAUUCGGGAGGAACAUGAGAAUAGGGAGUUCAAUCUCAAAGCGAAGCACGAUGAGCAACUGAGACAAGCUCAGAGUCAGGCUGAAACUGAAUUAAAAGAGAGGAUAACAACACUCAGGGACGAGCAUGAUGUUCAGUUGAAAGCAUUCAAGUGUCAGUACGAAGAUGAUUGCAAAAAGCUGCAAGACGAGUUAGAUCUUCAGAGAUCAAAGGAAGAAAGGCAAAGAGCUUUGUUGCAAAUGCAGUGGAGAGUUAUGAGUGACAAACCGCCUGAAGAGCAGGAAGUGAGCUCUAGGAAGGAAUAUUCUGUCUCAUCUGUCAAAGUGAGAGGUUCUCGUCCUGCUGGUAGCAAGAGAAGUCAGCAAAUAGCAGUGCAUGACGAUGAACAGGACUCUCCUUUUGUAAAGGCAACAGAAACACCUGUGACAAAGAUGUUGAAGAAAGUUGAAAAGGUUAAUACAAGAAGCUUAAUGAGCAGUCCGAAGCAUCACAGCAAGGUGACCCGUCGUGAAUAUGAAGUUGAAACGAACAAUGGGAGGKCUACAAAACGAAGGAAAACAAAAGGCACAGUCAUGUUUGAGGAGCCACAGAGGCGAUUGUCUCGGGUUACACCCAAAGCUAAGACCCCCAGAAGUAUUGCUAAGGUAGCAGCCAUAAGUGCUCAUCAUCCACGCUCUGCAAAUAUUGGAGAUCUGUUUUCAGAAGGGUCACUCAAUCCUUAUGCCGAUGAUCCCUACGCAUUUGACUGA